ACCAGAAUGGUGCGCCAAUAGCACUAUCAAUCACAAAACUAACGGCAGCCAGGAACGCUGUCCUCUGCUUGCGCGGGAGGCAAAACUUGCUUAAAAUUGUUAAUGCUUUUCACAUUUAAGGCGUUGUCGAUUGGUUCUUUACCGAUCGGUAGCUACGUAGAUGGAAAAAGAAGAAGCAGAUCCAGCAGCAAAAUCACCCGCAAGAUGGUACGGUAUCACUGCUUAAACCCUGCAUUGCCCAAAAGCAACCAUCUCUGUAUCCAUACAAGCACUGAGUUUGCAUGCACUCGUACUUUAAGCAGCUUCAUGGAUUUCAUAAGACCUCUCUCUCCUAUUAUUCUCGUCUAAUAGAUCACUGUUUGUCACUAAAGUCUGUAAAUUUUGUGAAAAUUAUACACGCCCAGUUGAUCAAAGUAGGGUUUAACAGCCAUACUUUUCUGGGUAAUCGUUGUCUCGAUGUUUACUUUCGAUUUGGUGACACCCUGCACGAUGCAUUGAAAGUGUAUGAUGAAAUUACCGAGAAGAAUCUCGUUUCGUGGAACAUUUGCUUAAAGGGGCUCAGUCGAUUUGGGGAGAUUCAAAAAGCCCGCCAUAUGCUUGCUGAAAUGCCUGAAAGAGAUGUAGUUAGUUGGAACUCGAUGAUUUCGGGUUAUGUUUCCUGUGGGUUUAUGGAUAAUGCAUUGGAGAUUUUCUCACAAAUGCAAAUCGCUGGCGUGAGACCUAGUGAGUACACAUUCUCAAUUAUGAUGACGCUUGUGACGUCUGCUUGUUAUGGUAAGCAAAUUCAUGGUGAUAUGAUUAGGAGCGGUAUGAAUUUGUCAAAUGUGGUUCUUGGGAAUUCUUUAAUUGACAUGUAUGGAAAGCUUGGUUGUGUGGAUUAUGCUUUUGGCGUGUUUUUCACUAUGGAGGAGGUGGAUGUUAUCUCGUGGAACUCUUUGAUUUCAGGUUGUCAUAGAUCAGGGUAUGAGGAAUUGGCACUAGAUCAGUUCUUUUGGAUGAGAGCCACCGAGUAUGCACCUGAUGAGUUUACAAUAUCAACUGUGAUCAAUGUUUGCUGUAACUUGCUUGAUUUGGAAAAGGGUAAGCAAACAUUUGCCUUCUGCUUCAAGGUGGGAUUUUUUUCUAAUAGCAUUGUAUCAAGUGCUGCUAUUGACCUGCUUUCGAAAUGCAACAGAUUAGAGGAUGCAAUCCGGCUCUUUGAAGAACUAGAUUGGUGGGAUUCAGCUGUUUGUAAUUCCAUGAUUUCAAGCUAUGCACAGCAUGGCUGUGGGGAGGAUGUUGUGCAACUGUUUGUGUUGACCUUGAGGGAGAACCUAAGGCCAACUGAGUUUACACUCAGCAGCAUGCUAAGCUCUGUGUCCAUUUUUCUUCCAGCAGAGCCGGGUAGCCAAAUUCAUUCUUUGGUUGUUAAGUUAGGUUUUGAGUCAGAUGUAAUUGUUGCUAGUUCACUUGUUGAUUUGUACAGUAAAGCUGGAUUGGUAAAUUAUGCCAUGAAAAUAUUUUCAAAUAUGGGCGUGAAAGAUUUGAUAACUUGGAACACCAUAAUUAUGGGUUUGGCUCACAAUGGUAAAGUGUUCGAGACCCUGAGCAUUUUCAAGGAAUUGGUUAGCAAAGGUGCUGCACCAGAUAAUUUAACACUAGCUGGAGUUUUAUUGGCUUGCAACUUUGGGGGUUUUAUUGAAGAGGGGAUGACCAUAUUUUUAACAAUGGAGAAGGAAUAUGGAAUCGUACCUGGGGAAGAGCACUAUGCUCCCAUAGUAGACUUGUUGUGUCGAGCUGGUAAACUCAGAGAAGCAAUGGAUGUACUAGCAGCAAUGCCUUAUGAACAUGGUUCUGUGGUAUGGGAAUCGAUUCUUCGUGCUUGUGUGAUUCACGGAGACUUUAAACUCACGGAAAGAGUUGCAAAAAGGAUGAUGAAGUUGGUGCCACAUUCAUCUCUACCUUAUUUGGUACUAGCUAGGGCAUAUGAAAUGAGAGGAAAAUGGGAAAGCAUGAUUUGGGUCAGGAAAGCCAUGAUACUUAACGGGGUGAAGAAUGUUGUAGGAUGCUGUUGGAUUGGGAUUCAGAACCAUGUAUAUACCUUUAACGCAAAAGAAUUACAGCCUCCAAGAGGCAAAGACAUUUAUUUGAUAUUGAGAUUACUGUCAUCGGAAAUGGAGGCUGAAGAUUACACUGACAAUCUAACAAAAGUAGCGCUGAGACGAUAAAAAGUGAAGACAAGCAACAGAGUAAGAGUUCAUCUCCUAUUAUUGAUCCAUAUAGUUAGGGAUAUAGUCUGUCCAAUUUCAUUUAACCAUAGUAUAUCAAUUAUUUGUAGAACACGAAAAUUUGAUUUGAA